GAAAUUGUCAAAUUACCCCUACAUCUGUAUUACCAGCACCGCAUGCGUGGAUAUUUCUUUGGCGAUCCGAAUCGAUUUUGUCAAGAGCUUGGAAAAUGCCAACCAUUGGAGUUAAACGAGAUUUGCUCUUCGAGCAGCUGGGUAAAAAAUACUCUGAUGAUGAGUUCCAGCAAUUGUGCUUUGCCUUUGGCCUCGAGCUGGAUGAAGUGACGACGGAGAAGCAAAUGCUAACCAAGGAACAAGGUGAUGUGGCAGCAGUGGCCGAUGCCUCGGAAGAAAUUAUUUACAGAAUAGACAUUCCGGCAAAUCGUUAUGAUCUAUUGUGCCUUGAAGGCUUGGUUACAUCUUUACUUGUUUUCCAGGGCAAGUAGAAUUAAGCCUCCUACGUUCGGAUUAGUGGAACCGGCACAGAGACAAGUCCUUAAAAUUCUACCCGAAACUGCACAAAUUCGUCCCUUUGCCGUGGCUGCUGUUUUACGGAAUAUCACAUUCAACAAACAGGCUUACGAUAGUUUCAUUGAACUCCAAGACAAGCUGCAUCAAAAUCUUUGUCGUAAACGAUCCCUCGUCGCCAUCGGAACUCAUGAUUUGGAUACAAUUCAAGGGCCUUUUACUUACGAAGCCCGCGCGCCGGAGAGUAUUGAAUUCAUUCCUCUCAACCAAACGAAAAAAAUGAAUGGCCAUGGGAUAAUGGAAUUUUAUUCCACCCAUGCGCAAUUGAAACAAUACUUACCAAUUAUUCGAGAUUCAACAGUGUAUCCUGUCAUAUACGAUGCAAAUGGUGUUGUGUUAUCAUUACCACCCAUCAUCAAUGGCGAUCAUUCUAAGAUCACUUUACAAACUCGCAAUGUUUUCAUCGAAUGCACGGCAACGGAUCUAACUAAAGCAAAAAUCGUGCUGGACACUUUAGUGUGCAUGUUCUCCGUGCAUUGUAGCGAGAAAUUUACCGUUGAGCCAUGUGAUGUUAUACAGCCCAAUGGAACUGUAGUUACUUAUCCCGAACUGAAAGUACGCCAAAAGGAAAUAUCAGCACGGAAGGCAAAUGCCAACAUUGGUAUACAGGAGGAACCAGCAAGUAUUGCUGAUAUGCUUACCCGCAUGUACUUAGAAUCUGAAGUGACAGAAGGCGGCGACAAUAUACUGGUGCGAAUACCUCCAACACGUCACGAUGUUCUGCAUGCUUGUGAUAUUUACGAGGAUGUGGCUAUCGCUUAUGGUUACAACAAUAUAAAAAAAUCAUUGCCAGCUUUCAUGCACAUAGCCAAACAAUUCCCAUUAAAUAAGCUGACUGAGCAGCUAAGAGAGCAAGUGGCACAAGCAGGUUUUACCGAAGCAAUCACUUUUACACUCUGCUCACGUGACGAUAUCGCAAGCAAGCUAAAUAAAUCCAUAGAUAGUAUAGCUGCAGUGCAUAUUGCCAAUCCAAAAACACUUGAGUUUCAAGUAGUGCGUACCACCUUGUUGCCGGGAUUACUAAAAACUCUGGUGGCGAAUCGUAAAAUGCCGCUCCCACUAAAACUAUUUGAAAUCAGUGAUGUUGUGGUGGCCGAUGAUGAAACGGAAGUUGGUGCGCGCAAUGAACGUCGCCUUUGCGCAGUCAAUUGCAACAAAACUGCUGGAUUCGAAGUCGUACACGGUCUACUUGAUCGCGUAAUGCAAUUGUUGGAGGUACCAUGGAAAUCGGAAAAUCAAAGGCAUGGAUAUUACUUGCAGGCGGCCGAUGAUCCCGCCUAUUUCCCAGGGCGCUGCGCAAAUAUUAUGCUUAACAGCGUGGCAAUUGGCCGAAUAGGUGUACUGCAUCCUACAGUACUGCAAGCUUUUGAGCUGACCACACCCUGCUCGGUUGUAGAGUUCAACAUUGAGCCGUUCGUAUGACAGCGAUACCCGGAUAUGAUAAAACAUUUGCAAGGUGGAACAUAAAGUUGCUAGUUCCAUGCAUAGAAUUGAAAUGAAUGUAUUCAAAGAAGUCCCUUUUAAAAUAUAUGUAUUUAAUAAAGCUUAAAGCAGACGA